AUAUACACACACACACACACACAUAUACACAGGCGCGCGCGCAGGCACGCACGCAGAAAUAUAUAUUAACAGAAAAGAGAGAGAGAGGAAAAAAAAAAGAGUCAGGUCCAUUUAAAGUUGCUGGCGGAGAGCUGUUCUCAUUGGUUGGGGGGGAGCUGGAGGAGCGGAGACACACACAGUGCGUGCAGCCCUCGCUGCUGCCGCCGGAGCCGCCGCUGCUGCCGCCGGAGCCGCCGCCGCUGCUGGAGUUGUCCCUGCCGCUUUCCCUGCUGCAGCGGCACAAACGUGACUUCCAACGUACCGAUUAUUUAUCUUCUCCUCCCGGCUCCUCUCCUCCUCCAAGAUGUAACUACAGCUCUGACACUAAGGACCUGCAGAUCGCUUAGGCGGCUUGAGAAAGAGAAAAGGGGAUACCAAGGGCGUCGUUUUUUGUGUUUAGGGGGAUAUUUUCCAUUAUAAUGCUUCACUAAAGUGUUUUUUUUUUUGUUUCCUUCGCAUCGUCUUUUUUUUUUUUUUUUUCGUCCCCCAUUUCUCGGAUUUAUUUCUAGGAGAAUCACAUUGUGAGGAAAGAAACUCGGAUUACAAGAUACCACUACAAACAACCCCCUCUCCCCUGGAUUUUUUCAGUAUUUUUUAAAUUUUUUUUUUAAUUGUCGCGGCUAUAAUUCAUGAAGCAAUUGUCCCCUUUUGCAAUCAGAAUUUGGAUACCAGAAUGAGCAAAGAAAGACCCAAGAGGAAUAUAAUUCAAAAGAAAUACGAUGACAGCGAUGGGAUUCCCUGGUCAGAGGAGAGGGUGGUGCGGAAGGUCCUUUAUUUAUCUCUGAAGGAAUUCAAGAAUGCACAGAAGCGGCAGCACAGCGAGGGCAUUAGCGGGAGCCUCAAGGCAGUGAAUGGACUUCUCACUAAUGGCCAAUCUAAAGGAUUAGGACCAGGAUCAGAACAGCUGGAGAAUGAGAAGGACGAUGCAUCGCAAGUGUCCUCAACAAGCAAUGAUGUUAGUUCUUCAGAUUUUGAAGAAGGGCCCUUGAGGAAAAGGCCAAGGCUGCAAGCACAAAGGAAGUUUGCUCAAUCCCAGCCAAACAGUCCCAGCACAACUCCAAUAAAGAUAGUGGAGCCGUUGUUACCCCCUCCAGCCACUCAGAUUUCUGACCUCUCCAAAAGGAAGCCCAAGACAGAAGAUUUUCUCACUUUCCUCUGUCUUCGAGGUUCUCCAGCCCUGCCCAGCAACAUGGUAUAUUUUGGAAGCUCUCAGGAUGAUGAGGAUGAAGAAGAGGAGGAGGAGGAGACAGAGGACACAAAAACAGCCACAAACAAUGCUUCAUCAUCAUGCCAGUCAACCCCUAGGAAAGGAAAAACGCAUAAACAUGUACCAAAUGGGCAAGUUUUCAAUGGGUCCAGCAAAUCAUCGAAGGAGAAAGAACCUGCUCAGAAACACAAAAGCAAAGAGGCCAMCCCAGGGAAGGAGAGGAACAGCGAACAUAAGGCUGAGAGUCGAAAAGACCAGGCUGCUGCUAAUCACCAUCCUACUACAAACACUGGCUCCUCUACGAAAGGGCUCAUGGCUAACAACCACCACACUCUUCAUAGAUCGGCUCAGGACUUAAGGAAACAGGUUUCUAAAGUCAACGGAGUCACUCGAAUAUCAUCUCCGAGUGCAAAUGCAGCCAGUGCCAAAAAGAUGAGAGAAGUCAGACCUUCACCGUCCAAAACUGUGAAGUACACUGCAACAGUGACAAAGGGAACUGUCACAUACACCAAAGCCAAGAAAGAACUGGUCAAGGAAACCAAACUAAAUCACCACAAAUCCAGUUCACCUGUCAACCACACAAUCUCAGGGAAACUAGAAAGUAGCAAUGCAAAAACCCGCAAACAGGUGCUAUCCCUUGGAGCAUCCAAGUCUAACAAUACCGCUGUUAAUGGUGUAAAAGUCAAUGGCAAGUUUAACCAAAAGACAUGCACUAAGGAGGUGGGGAGACAGUUGAGGGAGGGGCUGCGCAAUUCCAAGAGGAGGCUGGAAGUGACGAAUCACGUAGACAAAAUACARUCGCCCACAAAGAGAAUGAGAGGGGCUGUCAACUUGGCAGAAGCUGCCAGCAAAAAGGCAGCAGUAGAAAAGCCUUUGCUGAAUGGACACCUUAGAAAGGAAGUGCCAGAGAAGAGUUUGGAAAGAAAUAGGCCGAAAAGAGCCACUGCUGGAAAGAGUACGCCAGGGAAACAAGCACAUGGCAAAACUGAAAAUGCCUCCUGUGAAAAUCGUUCUACCUCUCAAGCGGAGUCCUUGCACAAGCCACAAGACUCAAUGGGAAAGCACGAAAAGGGCAGUAGUAAAUCUGGGUGGGGGAUGCUGGGGGAGAUUCCCAUCCUUAGGCCCUCCACCAAGGAAUUUCACGACCCGCUGAUAUACAUUGAGUCAGUCCGAGCUCAGGUAGAGAAGUAUGGGAUGUGCAGGGUGAUUCCUCCUCCAGACUGGAGACCUGAGUGCAAGCUAAAUGACGAAAUGCGGUUUGUGACACAGAUUCAGCACAUACACAAGCUAGGCAGGCGCUGGGGACCCAACGUGCAGCGGCUGGCCUGUAUCAAGAAGCACCUCAAAUCUCAGGGCAUUACCAUGGAUGAACUCCCACUCAUAGGAGGCUGCGAGCUCGACCUGGCCUGCUUCGUCCAGCUGAUCAACGAGAUGGGGGGGAUGCAGCAAGUGACUGACCUCAAGAAAUGGAACAAGCUGGCAGAYAUGCUGCGCAUCCCCAAAACUGCACAGGACAGGCUGGCCAAGCUGCAAGAAGCCUACUGCCAGUACUUGCUCUCCUACGACUCCCUCUCCCCUGAGGAGCACAAGAAACUGGAGAAGGAGGUCUUGCUGGAAAAGGAAAUCCUGGAGAAGAGGAAAGGACCUUUGGAGGGACAUUCAGAGAAUGCCUACAAGUUCCAUUCCUUGCCCCGGUUUGAGCCCAAAAAUGGACUCAUCAAUGGCGUGGUUCACAAAAAUGGCUUCCGCAACAAGUUAAAAGAGGUCGACGUCCCACUGAAGACRGGCAGGCGGCGGCUCUUUGCUCAGGAAAAGGAGACCACGAAGGAGGAYGAGGAGGAGGAGGAGGGAGUUCUUAGCGACUUACACAAGUGUAUAUACAAGGGUAGGUCUGUUUCUUUAACAACCUUCUACCGAACAGCAAGAAACAUCAUGAACAUGUGCUUCACGAAGGAGCCUACAGUAGCUGAAGUAGAGCAAGAAUACUGGCGGAUAGUGGAACAGAAGGAUUGCCAUGUAGCAGUGCAUUGUGGAAAAGUGGAUACCAACACCCACGGGAGUGGUUUUCCUGUGGGGAAAUCUGAACCAUUUUCAAGGCAUGGGUGGAACCUCACAGUCCUUCCUAAUAAUACAGGAUCCAUCCUGCGACAUCUUGGUGCUGUGCCUGGAGUGACAAUUCCUUGGCUAAAUAUUGGCAUGGUCUUUUCUACCUCAUGCUGGUCUCGAGACCAAAAUCACCUUCCAUACAUUGACUACUUACACACUGGUGCUGAUUGCAUUUGGUAUUGCAUUCCUGCUGCGGAGGAGAACAAACUUGAUGAUGUGGUACAUACCCUGCUGCAAGCCAAUGGCACUCCAGGGCUGGAAAUGCUUGAAAGUAAUGUAAUGAUCUCCCCAGAGAUCUUGUGCAAGGAGGGGAUCAGGGUGCACCGUACUGUACAGCAGAGCGGGCAGUUUGUUGUCUGUUUUCCUGGAUCCUUUGUGUCCAAAGUGUGUUGUGGCUAUAGUGUUUCCGAAUCGGUGCACUUUGCUACCACCCAGUGGACAAGUAUGGGCUUUAAAACAGCCAAGGAGAUGAAGCGGCGCCGUAUAGCCAAACCAUUUUCAAUGGAAAAGUUGCUUUAUCAGAUUGCAACUGCAGAAGCAAAAAAAGAAAAUGGACCGACUCUGAGUACAAUAUCAUCGCUCCUGGGAGAGCUCAGGGACACGGAGCUGAAGCAGCGGCGGCAGCUGUACGAGGCCGGGCUCCACUCCUCGGCGCGCUACGGCAGCCACGACAGCAGCAGCACCGGCGUGGAUGGCAAGAAAAAGCCUCGAAAGUGGUUGCAGUUAGAAACAUCAGAGAGGAGGUGUCAGAUUUGUCAGCACCUGUGCUAUCUUUCCAUGGUUGUACAGGAGAAUGAAAAUGUUGUGUUCUGCCUGGAGUGUGCCCUGCGGCACGUGGAGAAGCAGAAGUCGUGUCGGGGAUUGAAGAUGAUGUACCGUUAUGAUGAGGAACAAAUAAUCAGUCUUGUCAAUCAAAUCUGUGGAAAAGUAUCUGGUAAAAAUGGCAGCAUUGAGAACUGUAUCAGCAAGCCUACACCAAAAAGAGGACCUCGUAAGAGAGCGACAGUGGACGUGCCAUCAUCUAGGCUUUCAUCCUCCAGUUCAUCCAAAAGUGCUUCAAGUUAAUCCUGAAGAUGCCAACACUCUCAUUUUGUCAAUUUAUAUAUAUUUUUUGUAAUUAUUAUACCAUAGUUUGGAGUACUUGCUGUAGAAUACAAGCUGUCUUUGCACUAGCUCUAAAGAAGAUUUUCUUCUGGUUUUAGAGAACUAAUUUUGUUUUAGCAUUAAACUGUUGAAUUUUUUUUUUUUUUUGUACUUAGAAUAGAUAGAUACAGCAGUCUGAUUUUUUUAAACUGCCGUAUGUUCACUGUUUUAAAACCGGCAAGGGGCUGAUAAAAUAUUAAUUUGUAUUGUCCCUAUGGCUGAAAAAAAAAAAAAGCCUUUUUGGUAACUGUGAAAAAAGGCUUUUAACCCAUUUUUUGAAUAGGUUAAAGUUUGAUGUGUUUUAUAAUUUGUUCUCCAGUCAUGUGAGCAGAUUUUUCUAGAGAGAAAAGGGAUAGGAGACAAAAACUUGAAAGAAAUUGCUUUACUUUGGCUGUCUUUUAUUCUGUCACAGCAAGACGAGUUUUGUAAUUUUUUAAAUUGGAGAAUACACACUUUCUUUGGGAGGUUAUGGCAGCUGAAGCUGGACUUUGUUUCCUAACUGUAGGCAAAAGGAGGAGA